AUAUCAAACAACAGCCAUUCACUUUAAACGACAAGCUGAAAUAAAAUAAAUCCAAUAAUGCAUACAGAUACGGUGGCAUAACUCUUCGCUAAAUUACCAUAUGAAGUAAGUUGGUUAGCAACAAAUCCGUGAUAAGUAAGAAAUGUCCACAAGUUACUUAAAAUGCUACAAACGCAACAAAAUUACCGAAGAUAAGCGCAAUUAGUGUAAGCAACGUGGCCAGUUAAUAGAACAUUAUUCAGGGAGGCAGAACAAACCAAAUAAAGCGGAAUGAAAUUUAUCCAGCUUAAAAAGACCUAGUUUAAGUGUAAGUUGGUUUAGCCCAACUGCGGUGAAGAAGCAUCAAGAAUGCAACAUCAGCCUCAGCAUGGGGCACACAUACAUACAUGGUUGGCGGCAUCCGGUUUCGGAUUUGCCUGUCACUGUGGCAAGCCACAGGACGCCUGCGCCUACAGAGGGACCAUGGAUGGCUUGCGCUGCACCACCCACAGCUCCAACCACAUACCCCAUAUCCAGUGUAAACCCGAAGGAAUAAGACCGGGAGGCAUGCGGAUGGGAACCACGUUUCAUCAACGGAGCCGGCCCACACUCCUUCACAGGCAAACACAAGCACGCUGUAUUUGGGGAAUCAACCGCACACAAGGCGGUGGCUGGACCGUAGUCCGCUCCACACUGAGUGCAUGGAACCGCUCUUUGAGCCUAGCACGGCCACAAGAACCGUGCACCCCGUCCCCUCCAGCAACGACCAACUGUCUCCUGGAGCCAGUAUGAACGAUGUAGUGGGUAAUAGACAGGUAGGCACCUUGUCAACAUACACAUCAAGCGCAACCAUACCAGGGAUAUCAAACAACAGCCAUUCACUUUAAACGACAAGCUGAAAUAAAAUAAAUCCAAUAAUGCAUACAGAUACGGUGGCAUAACUCUUCGCUAAAUUACCAUAUGAAGUAAGUUGGUUAGCAACAAAUCCGUGAUAAGUAAGAAAUGUCCA